CUGUAGCCGCGUUCUAUGUCUCAUCAGUCCGGUCGUUCUGUUAGAAAAAUGGCGUCCUUCAGUAAGUAUCUUACAGCGAAGAACUCGUCCAUAGCAGGCGGCAUUCUGCUGGUUCUGUACCUGCUCAAACACAGACGUAGGACGCACAGGCGGGACGGUAAAAAAGGAGUCUCAGAUUUAGUGCUGAAUACUGAGAAAGAUGGCAGAAAAGACCGCGCAGCAGUGGACAGAGUUUUUUUCCUCCGAAUCUUCAAGAUUCUGCGGAUCAUGGUACCUCGAGUUUUCUGCAUGGAGACUGGCUGUCUUAUCCUGAUUGCUGCCAUGCUGGUGGCCAGGACCUACUGUGACGUAUGGAUGAUCCAGAAUGGCACCAUGAUUGAAAGUGCAAUUAUCGGUCGCUCAACAAAAGAUUUCAAGACCUUCUUGUUCAGCUUUAUCAAAUUCAUGCCACUUAUAGCCUUGGUGAACAACUUCCUGAAGUUGGGUCUGUACGAGCUGAAGCUGAGGUUCCGUGAGAGGCUCACAAAGAACCUGUAUGACCAGUACCUGCAAGGUUUUACCUACUACAAAAUGGGAAACCUAGACAACCGGAUAGCCAACGCAGACCAGCUGCUGACACAGGAUGUGGAGAAGUUCUGCAACAGUGUGGUGGACCUUUACUCAAACCUCAGCAAGCCUCUGUUGGAUAUUGGUUUGUACAUCUUCAAGUUGACAAGUGCCAUCGGUGCCCAGGGCCCAACCAUCAUGAUGUCCUACCUACUGAUCUCAGGACUGUUCCUGACAAGACUGAGAAGACCUAUAGGCAAGAUGACCGUCACUGAGCAGCGUUACGAGGGAGAGUAUCGUUAUGUCAACUCUCGCCUCAUUACCAACAGUGAGGAGAUUGCCUUCUACAAUGGGAACAUGAGGGAAAAGCAGACCAUUUAUACUGCAUUCAAGAAACUGGUGGACCACUUGCAUAACUUUAUCUUCUUUCGCUUCUCCAUGGGAUUUGUGGACAGCAUAAUUGCUAAGUACCUGGCCACUGUGGUGGGUUACCUGGUGGUUAGCCGGCCAUUCCUCAACAUGUCACACCCCCGUCACCUGCACAGCACACACUCUGAGCUGCUGGAGGACUACUACCAGAGUGGAAGGAUGCUCCUGAGAAUGUCCCAGGCUCUGGGCAGGAUCGUACUGGCUGGCCGAGAGAUGACCCGCCUCUCAGGAUUCACAACUCGAAUCACUGAGCUGAUGAAAGUCCUGAAGGAGCUGAAUUCUGGCAAAUAUGAACGCACCAUGGUGUCGCAGCAGGAGAAGGAAUCCGACACUGCAGAGAAACUCAUUCUAGUGCCUGGAAGUGGUCAAAUUAUCAACAGAGAUAACAUCAUCAAAUUUGAUCAUACCCCAUUAGCAACACCCAAUGGAGACAUCUUGAUUAGAGACCUCACAUUUGAGGUGAGAUCUGGCACCAAUGUUCUUGUUUGUGGACCAAAUGGCUGUGGAAAGAGCUCUCUGUUCAGAGUGCUGGGAGAGAUGGCCAGACUGUUCUACCACAAGCCCCAGUUUGCCAUUCUUGAUGAGUGCACCAGUGCAGUGAGUGUGGAUGUGGAGGAUUACAUCUACAGCCACUGCAGGACGGUGGGCAUCACCCUGUUCACCGUGUCCCACAGAAAGUCUCUGUGGAAGCACCACAAGUAUUAUCUUCACAUGGAUGGGAGAGGGAACUACGAGUUCAAGCCCAUCACAGAGGAAACUGUGGAGUUUGGCUCCUAACUGACGGCCAUGCACUGCUCGAUGAAACCUGUCCACUAAUUCUUUGCACUUGAGACGAGUUAUAACUACAACUAGAAAAUAAUAUUUUAAAUAAUUUGUUUUCUUUAUCACCUGUCCUGUUUCCUGCAUUUUCUGUUAUUUAAAUGAUCUCUUUAGUCCUGUCUUCUCAUUAGUUUGCUCAGUGUGAUAAUAAAGAAACUUGUAAUAUAUAUUGCCAACUUGAAGGCUGUUUUACACAAACAAGACUUGUUUGAGUAAAGCUGGAAAUAUCCUGUUUAAA